AUGUCUCCCAUGAAGACCAGCACCAUCCAAAGAUUGGAACUAUGUGUGGCCGUCCUUCUGGCCCGUUGGUUGGCUCACCUCCUAAUAGUCUUUGGGGACCGACUCCGCUUCGACGGGAUCUUUGCAUGGUUGGAUUCUCAGAUAGUGCUAUCAUGGUCGGUUAACCCUCACACAUGUUACACGGUGUUUAUCUCGAACAGAGUGCAUUUGGUCCAUCAGUUGGUACCGUCCUGUCGAUGGGGUUACGUCUGGUCGGCCAAGAAUCCGACGAAUUGCGCCUCCAGAGGGUUGUUGCCUUCAGACUUGGUUAAGCAUAUAUUAUACUGGUCGGGUCCGGCCUUCCUUAAGGACACUGUUGAAUCUUGGGACAUGCAGAUUUAUCCGAUUCUCCUCAUAUCACAACAUGAUCAGAGUUGUUGCCUGGAUGCGUCGCUUCGUAGGCUGAGCCCGAAAACAGAAAUACCCAUCAGAGUAUCUGACUCGAGAGGAACUUGA